CUCCUCCUCCUCCUCUUCCUCUUCCUCUUCCUCUUCCUCUUCCUCAGUACCAUGUCGGGACAGUCUUUGACGGACCGGAUCGCCGCCGCUCAACACAGCAUGACCGGGUCUGCCAUCAGCAAAGCCGUGUGCAAGGCCACGACGCAUGAAGUCAGCGGACCCAAGAAGAAACACCUUGACUACCUGAUCCACUGCACCAAUGAGCUGAACGUCAGCAUCCCCCACCUGGCAGACACACUGCUGGAGCGCACAGCCAGUAACAGCUGGAUCGUGGUUUUCAAAGCGCUCAUCACCACACACCACCUCAUGAUGUACGGCAACGAGAGAUUGAUGCAGUACCUUGCCUCCAGAAACACACUCUUCAACCUCAACAACUUUCUAGAUAAGGCUGCACUACAAGGAUAUAACAUGUCAACUUUCAUCAGACGCUACAGCCGCUACCUGAAUGAAAAAGCCAUGUCAUACAGACUAGCAGCAGUGGACUUCACCAAGAUGAAGAGAGGGGCUGAGGGUGUGAUGCGCACCAUGAACACAGAGAAGCUGAUUAAGACUCUGCCCAUCAUUCAGAACCAGCUUGAUGCACUGCUGGAUUUCCAGCCUAACUCCAAUGAGCUAACCAACGGAGUGAUCAACACUGCUUUCAUGUUGCUGUUUAAAGACUCCAUACGGUUGUUUGCUGCCUACAACGAAGGGGUCAUCAACAUGCUGGAGAAAUAUUUUGACAUGAAGAAGAACCAGUGCAAAGAAGCUCUGGAGAUCUACAAGACUUUCCUCAACAGGAUGACCAAACUGUCCGAGUUUCUCAAAGUGGCAGAGCGAGUUGGGAUAGAUCAGGGCGACAGCCCCGAUCUCACACAGGCUCCCAGCUCUCUCCUGGAGGCUCUGGAGCAGCAUCUAGCCUCUCUGGAAGGCAGGAAGCUCAAAGACCUCUGCGCAGCCAGCAGAUCCAGCACCUUGUCCAGUGCAGUGUCCUCUCUCUCCAGCACUGGGAUCUCUCUCAGCCGUGUGGACGACAAGACAGACGACAACAGACUGCAGCAACACAAGGAGGACGGUCAUAAGGUGAAUGAUAUUCAGACACCCAAUGUGUCGCCCAGCACUCAGUCGGUGGGCAGUGCCAACAGCAGCGGGGGGGCCACAGAUCUCUUCUCCAACUCACAGAUCGUACCCAUCAGCAACCAUGUGCCAAACCUGACCAGUGAGCUGUUCACCCUGCAGCCUAACUUCACCCCCAUCCAGACCACACACACUGUGCCCAACAAUAACAAUGCCUGGGGAGGUGACCUGCUAAAGCCAGUAGCACACGCUCAGAUUCACAGCCCCGGAGUCCAAUUGCACUCUGGGAAAAUGCUGCCCAAUGAUUUGGACUCUUCAUUAGCCAAUCUCGUUGGCAACCUGCAGUUCGGGGGGACGCCAGCUAAAAAGCCGGAGCUCCAGUGGAGUCAGCUCGUAGAGAAGAAGCCAACAGGAGGAGGCUGGCAGUCAAAGACAAUGUGCACCAGUACCAACUGGACUCACACCACCCAUCCCAUGGCUCCUGCGCCCAUGCCCGUUCCUCAGAUGAAUGGGAUGAUCUAUACUGGCUAUGCUCCUGCACCAGUGGCUUUUCCUAUGACGUCACCCCAAGUGCCUAUGUAUGGAAUGUUUUUCUCUCCACAUUCACAUGAAUUCUCCCACCUAUUCCCUGAGCAGCUCCCUCCUCAGAUGAGUCAUCAGAUGGGGGGUGUUCCCAUGAUGCCCCCGCAGCCUGUCAUGUACAACCAGCCCGUCCUGAGACCCUCCAAUCCCUUUGGACACAUGCCGGGGGCACAGAUGCACUUCAUGUAAGGAUGAUGUUGUAACCAUGGCAGCAAAGCCGAGAGAGAGAGAGAGAGAGAGAGAGAAGAGAUGGAGAGAGAAAGAGGCGAAGACAACAAAUCCAGAGGCGGAGAAAGAAACAGGAAGACAGAGAGGAAGAGCGAGGGGAAAGGAAGAUGGAGAGAAGACGGAUGAAAGAAGAAAUGCUGAUGUCUGUUUCCAUGUCUCCUCACCAUCUUAUCUCCUCUCUCCGGGUGGCUACUGAUCUCUCUGUCUUUGACUGGGGCGCGAGAAGCUCCGCAUCAAUUCCACUCAUCCUCUGUUUGACUUGCCAAUUCAAACGGCCAUUAUGACCUGUGAUGACAGCUCUAUGGAAGUGCAGAAGCUCUACGGCCACUUCCUGACCUCCUCAUCCCGAUAAUUUCCUGUAUAAAGACGUUCCCACUUUAAACUCUGAGGACAGGCGUAUCUUUCUCUGAUUGGAUUGUUUGCUGGCACUUUACUCAAUGUGAACUUUGCCAAGGGUGUAUGUCCGUGUAGGUGAUUUUCGCAUCUUGUUCAGAUUGGUUCCCUGUAGUGUGUCAUCCAUCACCUGAUGUCAGUAGUAAUUGAUUUGAAUGCGUGUGUGCGUGUCCCUUUUUCUACAUAUUAAUGUGCUGCAUCAACAUUAUCGUCUCAGUCUUUUUAUGAGCUCCAUUUGUUCUUAAUUGCCAACUUCACAUCAACAAUGCAGCGUGGGCGUGCUUAUGUGUGUGGCUGUGUAGGGUGUGUAAUGUAUGUGUUUCUCUUUUGGUACCUAAUGUCAUUACUGUGUUGCCAGGUACCAAUGUGUUACUGCACUGGAACUUACUAAUGAAAGCACUGAGCCAGACCCAUGCAUUGCAUUUGGAUGUAAACAAACCUCCUACUCUAACUUUGCUACUUGGGGUCGUGCUUUACACACGUUCUGUUUUUUCUCCUCUACAGCUGUGCAAUACAGUAUCAUGCAAUCUUGUUACUGUCUUCCCCCCCCCCCCCCCCCCCCCGUCUUUAGGCUGUUUAGAAAGCUGAUUCCUGCUGUAGUGUUGUGUGUCCACAUCCGUUUUAUGUAUAGAUCGCUGUUUCCUAACCUGUUAUGUUAAACCUGUACUGCUCUAAAAGUAGUGAAAAAUGCACUGAGAGCCAGAUAGAGAGGCGGCUGGAUGGAGUCAGUCUUGCCAAUCACAAAUGGUCUAACUCCCAACUCUAUGAUUUCCUCCCUGUCCUGAGCAUUUGUCCUGUUCAAAAUUAGUCUCUUGUGAAGUCAUUUACACUCCAGAAAAACUGGAUAAGGGUUAUUAGAGGAGCAGAUGUCUCACCUCCACCUGGAGGAAUUGAAAGCUCUGCUACCACAGAGAGGGGCUUGUUAAUGUAGUGUUAACAUUUAUGGACUGAACAGCUAGAGGUCAGUUGGACGAAUCGAAUGAGGACGAGACUGCGGGAAAGCGACUGAGGGUAACGUCUGUCGAUCAUGACCCUAGUAAUGCCUGCAGUGACGACAAACUGGUUAAUUCAGACAGCCAGAGACGUUAGGGUUUAAUGAGACGUUAAAUGUUAAUGUUGUUAUUCUGGCAGAUCCAAGGUCAAGUUAGACCCACAGACAGACGAUAUAAAUACAUAUAUAGCACAAACCUUCAAAGAGGGGACAACGCUCUGCUGCACAAAAACCUAAAACCAUUGCUGGGAUGUACAGUUGAAAGGGGCAAUAAUCGAUUGGGGAUGAAGUUGUUUUCUAUUGAUUCUGUCUGUUCUAUGUACAUGUACUGUAUGUGUGUUUAUGUGCACAUGCCUUCCCAUAUAGAUUAACAGGGUCAUGUUUCUCAGUUAGAGAGGAAAGGUCUCUAGUCAGCUGGUAGUGUGUACUAACUUAGCAAUGAGUGUUGUUGUGACCGUGUCUCAGUCUGUUCAACCCACCAUCAAAUUAAGGUGGCACCAAGGAUCACUCAUCUGCUGCAAAAAUGCAAGAAAAAGCCCCUCAAGUCAUCAGACCUUGAAUCUCAAAGUAAAUCUGAGGCAUCACUCCCCAGAGAGCAUCACAUACUUGUGAUUUCUCACAUAAAUUGUCAGAGAAUUGUGUCGGUAUGGUGGUGUAUUGUUACAGUUCAUCCUUGAUCUGUAACUGCUAGCGUUUGAGUUGCCACUCUUAUACCAGCAGAGAAUUCAGUGUUAGAAAUCGUCACCAAGCAGGCAGAUAUUCUCUGAAGUUUCUCAACAAGAGGCCAGCUGACAUUUGGAUAUGUCAUUUGAAAAAACGUUGUUUCACUUCCCUCCAUUACUCCUUGUCCCGAUGGUUUGUCUCUCUCUGUCAGCUGAAUGCUCUUUCAUUGUGCACUUCACUCCCACGAUGCAGCUCGAUCCAUCCUGGGCCAACCUCUGACUGUUACUGUGUCCUCUGUAUAUAGGUAAUGCGUUCAUGUGUUUUUAGACGUGCUCUCUCUGUAAAGUGAUCGAAGCCCCAUUGGAUGACGUACUGUACGUUGGACAAUUUAUUGCUGUAUCUGUGUUUGAAUGGUUGUAUUUUGAAGGUGUCAUCAUCCAGGGAUGGGUGGGGGGUGGGUUUUGAUGUUUGUGAUGUUUGUGUCCAUCUUGAGGAGGAAGGGGGUGGGGGUCAGUGGGAGGGGGGGGGUCGAGGGUAAACUAUCACAACUGGUCUAUACCAAGAGUGUCUUCAUCGAGGAAGUGGACAGGACAGGGUCUGUCCUCUUCGAAACAGGAACAUUUUUUUGCACCAAAGUCAUCAUCAAAGCGCAGCUUCUUCUUAUUCAAGGUCACUACGGAUGGAUGAUAUCAGAACUCAAAAGGAUUUUGUUCUUUUAUUUUCAGAGACAAAGAAACUGUCUUUUUUGCAUGAUUAAGUGUCGUCUUUUUAUUGGCUUGUGUGCCCGGUAAAAGCAUGACCAUUGUGUGAACUCUCACUUACCGGUGUGUUUGGAAAACGUUAAGGAAAUUUCUCCAUGAGAUUUUUUACUUACCUCUCGACAUGAACGUUUAUUGACAUUCAUAAUCAACUGUUUUACAAUGUAGGGUCUGUAACUGUUUGAAGGCUGCGUCGCAUGCAGAAAUGCAACUUGCAAGUAACCCAUCAAACUUCAAACCCAGUUACCAUAACUGCAUCUUUGUAAAACACCAUGGAUGUCAAUGCCAGUUAUCACCUAGCUAGCUAGACAUUGCAGUCUUGUAAAAUCGCUCUUUAUUAAAGCGUUGCUAUUUUCAAUACGUGUGUUUGAAUGCUCGCUCCUUUUUCAUACUAUGCCAGCAGCAUCACUGGAGGUUGUGAUUGAAAGUCUAAGUACUGUACUAUGUGUUUGGUCUGGUCAACAUUGUGUGGUGUUUUUAACGUGUUUGCCCAGUCUUGUCCUGUCUGUCGCCAUCAACUGGACUUAUUCUUUCCCAGUCAUCCUCUGAAAGCACGGACUGGUUUCCUGAUACCAUUCUUGGAUUCACAGAUAGCUUCAGCUUUAUUUUUGAGAGUAUUUUAGCAAACCAGGUUAAAGUGUACAGACCUUGUUUAUGAGAUCUAUGACAUGGUUUCUAACCCAAUUCCAGAUGGGUACAAAAUCCCAAAUGUCUGUCAGUUACGAGUCUGUAUACCUCGGCCAACACACAGGCACUACUUUAAUUAUCCUUACAUUUUCACCCCUGCUAAAUUAAUGUAAAGGAAACAGCAUUAGGGAGAGACAGAAACUGUAAUAUUUAAUCUGGGGUUGGAUUCCCUUAAAGCAUAUUUUAAGAAGAUUAGCUUAAACAGGUGAGUAUGUUAGAGAAAGUACAUUUUCUCCCUUAAAUUAUCUGUGAUCAAAAGGACUCAAAAGGAGUUUUCCACUCCACAAUCUACAGCGCACACAAUACUUACACUACACUCUAGUUGUACAUUAAGGACCUUGUAGCUAAACUUCAUUGGGUUGCUUAUAGUGUUUUCCAUCAUAGACUCUCAUUACCUUAUCGACUGGCUCAAGUAUUUGCAGAUGCUCAACAGGGAACGCCAAAAUAUAGACACUGAAGCUACUUCAAUGAAAAUCCGGCGUCUGGAAACCAGAAUUGCUUGUCAUCAGAGCAGAAACUGCAUUUCUGUGUUGUUUGGCCAGGGAAAGGCACAUGAUGUCUAUGCAGUUUCACACUCACCACAUAACCUCAGUAUACCCUCAGUAUUGUGUAUACUGCGUUCACUACGCACAUCCUGUACUCUAGUGUCCAUCUGUGAACUGUUGAUUGUUGAGGGCAUGAAACUCAGCAGUGUCCAUGAAAAUGUUGUUAGCAGGGAGGGAGGUUCCAUUUCUUGAAUUUCUUCUCUUUUUCUUUUUGUAUAUCAAAGUGAUUGAAUUACCAACAAGUUUGGAUUGUUAUCAAAUUAUUGUUUUUUAUUUUAAAAGCAUAGGUUGAUGUUUUUGGAAGAAAAUGGAAUAAAACGUCAUCUGAUGCUGA